GCCCCUCCCUUGGGAAUGGGGGUGGGGCGGGGUCUUGCAGCGCGGUGGCGGGGGCGGGGCAUCUCGAAGGGGACCAAUAAUAGUGGCAGCCUGGGUCCGAGCGGCUCUGCCAUUGGGUGCAGUGACGCGAGGGGGAGGGGCGCCCGUGAGGCUGGUUACGCCGAGGGAAGCCCGGAGUCCGUAGUCGGCGCUCGGAGUCUGUCUUUUUGCGGGUUCCCGGUCUCAUCGUUCCCGGUUCUCUGUAGCCCGCGGUUCGCCGCCCCGCUCGCCGCCGCGAUGCCGGUGUUUCACACGCGCACGAUCGAGAGCAUCCUGGAGCCAGUGGCGCAGCAGAUCUCGCACCUGGUGAUCAUGCACGAGGAAGGCGAGGUGGACGGCAAAGCCAUCCCUGACCUCACCGCGCCCGUGGCCGCCGUGCAGGCGGCCGUCAGCAACCUUGUCCGGGUUGGAAAAGAGACUGUUCAAACCACUGAGGAUCAGAUUUUAAAGAGAGAUAUGCCACCAGCAUUUAUUAAGGUCGAGAAUGCUUGUACCAAACUUGUCCAGGCAGCCCAGAUGCUUCAGUCAGACCCUUACUCAGUGCCUGCUCGAGAUUAUCUAAUUGAUGGGUCAAGGGGCAUCCUCUCUGGCACAUCAGACCUGCUCCUCACCUUCGACGAGGCUGAGGUUCGUAAAAUUAUUAGAGUUUGCAAAGGAAUUUUGGAAUAUCUUACAGUGGCAGAGGUGGUGGAAACUAUGGAAGAUUUGGUCACUUACACAAAGAAUCUUGGACCAGGAAUGACUAAGAUGGCCAAGAUGAUUGACGAGAGGCAGCAGGAACUAACUCACCAGGAGCACCGAGUGAUGCUGGUGAACUCAAUGAACACCGUGAAAGAGUUGCUGCCAGUUCUCAUUUCAGCUAUGAAGAUUUUUGUAACAACUAAAAACUCAAAAAACCAAGGAAUAGAGGAAGCUUUGAAGAAUCGCAAUUUUACUGUAGAAAAGAUGAGUGCUGAAAUUAAUGAGAUCAUUCGUGUAUUACAACUCACUUCUUGGGAUGAAGAUGCCUGGGCCAGCAAGAAGGACACUGAAGCCAUGAAGAGAGCAUUGGCCUCCAUAGACUCCAAACUGAACCAGGCCAAAGGUUGGCUCCGUGACCCCAGUGCCUCCCCAGGGGAUGCUGGUGAGCAAGCCAUCAGGCAGAUCUUAGAUGAAGCUGGAAAAGUUGGCGAACUCUGUGCAGGCAAAGAACGCAGGGAGAUCUUGGGAACCUGCAAAAUGCUAGGACAGAUGACUGACCAAGUGGCUGACCUCCGAGCCAGAGGACAAGGCGCCUCACCAGUGGCCAUGCAGAAAGCCCAGCAGGUGUCUCAAGGUCUAGAUGUGCUCACAGCGAAAGUGGAAAAUGCAGCCCGCAAGCUGGAAGCCAUGACCAACUCAAAGCAGAGCAUUGCGAAGAAGAUCGAUGCUGCUCAGAAUUGGCUUGCAGAUCCAAAUGGUGGACCAGAAGGAGAAGAACAGAUUCGAGGGGCUUUGGCUGAAGCUCGGAAAAUAGCAGAAUUAUGUGAUGAUCCUAAAGAGAGGGAGGACAUUUUACGUUCUCUUGGAGAAAUAUCUGCUCUGACUUCUAAAUUAGCAGAUCUACGAAGACAGGGGAAAGGAGAUUCCCCAGAGGCCCGAGCAUUGGCCAAACAGGUGGCCACGGCCCUGCAGAACUUGCAGACCAAAACCAACAGGGCUGUGGCCAACAGCAGACCUGCCAAAGCAGCUGUCCACCUUGAGGGCAAGAUUGAGCAAGCACAGCGGUGGAUAGAUAAUCCCACAGUGGAUGACCGGGGAGUUGGUCAGGCUGCCAUCCGGGGGCUUGUGGCCGAAGGGCAUCGUCUGGCUAAUGUCAUGAUGGGGCCUUAUCGCCAAGAUCUUCUUGCAAAGUGUGACCGAGUGGACCAGCUGACGGCCCAGCUGGCUGACCUGGCUGCCAGAGGGGAAGGGGAGAGUCCUCAGGCGAGAGCACUUGCAUCUCAGCUCCAAGACUCUUUAAAGGAUCUGAAAGCCCGGAUGCAGGAGGCCAUGACUCAGGAGGUGUCAGACGUUUUCAGCGAUACCACAACUCCCAUCAAGCUGUUGGCAGUUGCGUCCACUGCACCCCCUGAUGCACCCAAUAGGGAAGAGGUAUUUGAUGAGAGAGCAGCUAAUUUUGAAAACCAUUCAGGAAGGCUUGGUGCCACAGCAGAGAAGGCAGCUGCUGUUGGAACUGCUAAUAAAUCAACAGUGGAAGGCAUUCAGGCGUCAGUGAAGACGGCCCGAGAACUCACACCCCAGGUCGUCUCAGCUGCUCGCAUCUUACUUAGGAAUCCUGGAAAUCAAGCUGCUUAUGAACAUUUUGAGACCAUGAAGAACCAGUGGAUUGAUAAUGUUGAAAAAAUGACAGGGCUGGUGGACGAAGCCAUUGAUACCAAAUCUUUGUUGGAUGCUUCCGAAGAAGCAAUUAAAAAAGAUCUGGACAAGUGUAAAGUAGCCAUGGCCAAUAUUCAGCCUCAGAUGCUGGUCGCUGGGGCAACCAGCAUUGCCCGUCGGGCCAACCGGAUCCUGCUGGUGGCUAAGAGGGAGGUGGAGAACUCUGAGGAUCCCAAGUUCCGUGAGGCUGUGAAAGCUGCCUCUGAUGAGUUGAGCAAAACUAUCUCCCCAAUGGUAAUGGAUGCAAAGGCUGUGGCUGGAAACAUUUCUGAUCCUGGCCUGCAAAAGAGCUUCCUGGACUCAGGAUAUAGGAUCCUGGGAGCUGUUGCCAAGGUCAGAGAAGCCUUCCAACCUCAGGAGCCUGACUUCCCGCCUCCUCCACCAGACCUUGAGCAGCUCCGCCUGACAGAUGAGCUUGCUCCUCCCAAACCACCUCUGCCUGAGGGAGAGGUCCCUCCCCCCAGACCCCCACCACCGGAGGAGAAGGACGAAGAGUUCCCUGAGCAGAAAGCUGGGGAGGUGAUUAAUCAGCCAAUGAUGAUGGCUGCCAGGCAACUCCAUGAUGAAGCUCGCAAAUGGUCCAGCAAGCCGGGUAACCCAGCCGCUGAGGUGGGUCUAAGUGUUGUAGCUGAGGCAGAUGCGGCCGAUGCUGUUGGGUUCCCUGUCCCCCCUGACAUGGAAGACGAUUACGAACCUGAGCUGCUGUUAAUGCCAUCCAAUCAGCCGGUCAACCAGCCCAUUCUGGCCGCGGCUCAGUCAUUGCAUCGGGAAGCUACCAAGUGGUCUAGUAAGGGCAAUGACAUCAUUGCAGCAGCCAAGCGCAUGGCUCUGUUGAUGGCUGAGAUGUCUCGGCUGGUAAGAGGGGGCAGUGGUACCAAGCGGGCACUGAUUCAAUGUGCCAAGGACAUCGCCAAGGCCUCAGAUGAGGUGACUCGGUUGGCCAAGGAGGUUGCCAAGCAGUGCACAGAUAAGCGCAUUAGAACCAACCUCUUACAGGUAUGUGAGAGAAUCCCCACCAUAAGCACCCAGCUGAAAAUCCUGUCCACAGUAAAGGCCACCAUGCUGGGCCGGACCAACAUCAGUGAUGAGGAAUCUGAGCAGGCCACAGAGAUGCUGGUUCACAAUGCCCAGAACCUCAUGCAGUCUGUGAAGGAGACUGUUCGAGAAGCAGAAGCAGCUUCAAUCAAAAUUCGAACUGAUGCUGGAUUUACACUGCGCUGGGUUAGAAAGACUCCCUGGUACCAGUAGGUACUUGGUGGAACCUGGCUGGCAUAGAAACCCCUACUAAACAGAAUGAAAUGAUCUGAGUCCCAGGAACCACCCAAAAUUGCUGGGGGGUUGAAAACCACAUUGUGGCCUGACAUAACAGAAAGGAAUGGGGGCCUCUUCACAUUAGAAAACAUUAAUACUCUUGUCAUGGACACUUUGAAAUAUGUCUCCGUAUAAAGCCUGUAUUCUCAAACACAGUUAUACUCGUGUAUACUCUAUCCCAAUAGGCAGACUGGGUUUCUAGCCUAUGGACUUCACAGAAGCUCAGAAUCCAAGAGUGAACACUAGCCAGACAACCUGCUCUGCCCUUGUUCCCUAGGGAACAGUUCUCCCUCUGCUUCCUUUUCCUUGCCCCCCAUUCUCCCUGCCAGGCUCCCAAGACCUAAGGCCCAGGCAAGUCAGUUAAGAAGGAAAUCACUGUGCCUCCAAAAUUCUUUUGGGCUUUCCAUGUUGCUGCUGACCCUGCCUACCUUCCCUGGCUGUGCUACCUGGGUCCUUUUCAGAAGUGAGCUUUGCUGUCGCAGGGGAAGGUGGCCUCUUGGGGAGCCUCAGCUUUAUGGGGUCUGGAUUCACUUCCCGCCCUUCCACAAUUUAAUCCUUCUAGUUUCCCACAGUUUACAAAACCAAAUUUUACUCUUGUUAGGAGGAAAUCACAGAAUCAGAUAAUUCUGUCUUUACUGUGCCCCUGAGCGAUAUCUGUGCUAGGGAAAUUUCCUGUCCCAUAUCCUGCCUCGGCCUGCCAAGGUAGCCAUCCCACGAACACUGUGUGUCUUGGUGCUCUCUGCCACUGAAAGGGCAGAGUAGCUGGGGCGUGGCCCUGCCCAUCCUUCCAGCAGGGCCAUUCCCAGGCACUCCAUGUUUUGUCACUGCCUGCAGAGGUCUGUGCUGAGGCCUUAUCAUUCAUUCUUAGCUCUUGUUCUUUCUGAGCUGAAAUGCUGCAUUUAAUUUUUAACCAAAUCAUGUCUCCUAUCCUGGCCUUUGUAUUCUUCCCCCAUACUCUUCCUAAACAAGAUUUUAAAGAUAUGUAUUUGUUCAUCUGUAAUUUUGAAAGAUCCUUUUUAUCCUUUUGAAAUUCAGUCCUAAGAAUUGGUGCUUGCCUCCCAGGAGUGUUUAAUGGAAAGGCAAUCCUGUCUGAAGGUCACUUCCUACCUAAGGGAGAGUGGUACUUACAGACUGGAAUUUUGGCGCUGUUUGGGAUGAAUCAAUGGGAAAUAGUCCUCAGUAACUCCUACCUCCCUUAACCAACUACAACCAAGCCCCUUGCAUCCUCUCCUCCCUCCCAAGUACAACUUUUCAAGAGAGUAAUGGGUAUGAUAUUUAAUUAUCAUCAUAAUAAGUUUUCUAUUAGCAAAGUGAGAGAGAAGGCAAUCUUUCCUUUUUUGCACUUAUCACUGCUGUCUAAGCAUUCCCCAGCACAUGAAACCAUAUUUCUUCCCCAAGCCAGAACUGGAUGAGUAAAGGAGUAAGAAGCUUUGCCUGAAUGUCCUUCCUUCCCACCUCCAAUGUGUGUUAGAUCCAACACUGAAUGUGUAAAACUUGUCUUAAAAGCUGGUACCGUACACUCAGGCUUCCUCUAUUUCCUUUUAACUGCUAAAGAUUAUUUUCAAGGCCCUCAGCUUAUUUGUAUAGUUGCUUACCUGAUAUAAAUGCAAUAUUAAUGCCUUUAAAGUAUGAAUCUAUGCCAAAGAUCACCUUUUAUUUUACUAAAGAUUACUUAGAGGAAAUAAGAAAAAUCAUGUUUGCUCUCCAAGUUCUUCCAGCAUUUUGAAACACUGGUUUACACUUUAUGCUGAUGUGCUUUUCUCUAAUAUCAGUGCUCAAGACACAGUGAAGCAAAAUUAAAAAAAAAAAAAAAAAUCCCUGAAUGAUGAUUAGAGACAUUACCACUAAGAAACUACAUUUAUAAGCUAGGAUUUGUUAUAUACAAAUAUUUUCUGUCUCUUUUGUUCUGUUUAAAACAAUAAAGUGCAUUUGUAUAAAUAA